AUGGAAAAGAAAAUGCUCUGGGUUUUCACCAUUGUCCUGAUUGUAGGGUUCAGCAAUGCCUUGCUACCUGAAGGAGUAUGUAAUGUUCCAGCAAAGUCGCGAGAAAACUGUGGCUACCCAGGCAUUGGUGAAAUAGAAUGCAGUCAGAACAACUGUUGCUUUGAUUCAAAUGUGCUAGGUGUCCCAUGGUGUUUUAAACCAGAUUUUGCCGAUGAACUUUGUAGGAGCAAUAAAAAGCCAAAUCAAAAUGAUGUGGUUGGCUUCAUCUUUCUUGGUCUUUUACCUCACAUUUCAAAAACAAAGUUUCAGGAAAGAGACGUUGCCAUGGAGCACAAGAGGUUCUUGAUAUGGGCUGUUGUCCUGAUUUUAGGAUUCAGCAGCCUGGCAAAUGGAAAUAACGUACCAUCUUCCCAACAAUGUGCAGUUCAAACGAGUGACAGAGUGGACUGCGGCUACCCAGGAAUCAGUGCGGAAAAAUGCAACAACAAAGGAUGCUGUUUUGAUUCAAGUGUUCCUAAUGUUAUCUGGUGCUUCUUUCCCAAUAAUGAUUCAGAUGUUGUACCCCUUGAUUCUGUGGAAGGAUAUGAUAACUCCCAGUCAGUUCAGCACUUGCAUUUUAGCUCCAGAAUUAUGCAACCUCACAACCAUUUGGUUCUGAUGUACGAACUAAGAGCAAUUAUUCAAAGAGUCUUUGAGACAGAAGGAGAGAGGAAGUGCUGUGUUCCCCCAGCAUUCAUGUCUGCAGUUGCUAAAAUGGAGCUACUUAUUCCUAGCAAUUCAGCAUUUCAAAUCAGUAUCCUUGAAGUCUACAAACUGAAUAUAGCAAAGGAAUACAAGUCAUGCUUUUUUCUGGCUGCUGUGCUGUGGUUAGGCUUUGUCUGUCCCCAAAAUAUAAGUCGUCCACCAUAUGCAUGCCAGUGCCUUAAGGAUAUUAAAGACAGAGAAGACUGUGGUCGUGAGGGCAUUACUGCAGAGCAAUGCACAGCAAAAGGAUGCUGCUUUGACGCCACAGAGCCCGGGGUGCCUUGGUGUUUCUAUCCUUCUGGGGAGAGAGCUUCACUUCAAUUUGCCAAGAAAAUGUUUAAACAACAAGGAAGAAUGGAAUGUGGAUAUCCUGGCAUAACAUACAAGAGGUGCCGAAGAAUUGGAUGUUGUUAUGAUAGAAAGGCUUCUGAUGAACCCAAGUGCUUCCACCCUCCGGUAAAUGAUGUGUCGCGACAUUGUCUAAUGGAUAGGAGUGCAAGAAAAGAAUGUGGAUACCCGGGCAUCACUGCAGAGGAAUGCCAAGCAAGACGGUGCUGUUUCAAUUCAUAUGUUGCUAGCACACGAUGGUGCUUUCACCCUCUAUCAGACACAGCUGCAUGCCGAUGCCAUUUGAAUCCUACACUAAGAGUCAACUGUGGAUUUCCUGGAAUCACACCUGAGCAAUGUUUAAAUGCAGGGUGCUGCUUCAGUUCAAAAGUCCCAGGAGUCCCCUGGUGCUUUUUUCCAGCUCACCCCAUCUAUAAAAAGGUGUGUCCUGCUAAUGUGAAAGUCAGAAAGAACUGUGGGUACCCAGGAAUCACUGCUAAAGCAUGUGAGGCAAGAGGAUGCUGUUUUGAGUCUCACCCUCCAGCUGUUCCUUGGUGUUUCUUUCACAUCCGGGUAGCACAAGAGUGUUAAAAGGAAGUUUUAAAAAGGGACUUUCAAAAGGAGCUUCCCAUCAACUGAAACAGCCCAACAAGAAAGAAAGACAUUUUGCACACUGUGAUCAAAUGAUUUCAAUUUCCAAGUUAUUUUUCCUUGUGCUCAUGUCUUACAAUGAUGCAUUCAGUCACAGAUUAUGUUCUUUAUAGAAUUUUAGUGCUUGACAACUUUUAAAAGCAAUAAAAUAAUCAAAAGU